AUGGUCGCUGUACAAGCGGGCCUCAUUUCUUCUCUCUUUGCCCUCCAGGCAGUAGCCGACCAGAUACCACUGGGGUCGGCAGUCCGCAACAAAUGGACUCUAGAUGCAAUCAAGCCCCUCACCGACCCAGAGUCUGGCCGCGUCAAGUGUUGCCCGGAAGGGACCUUGUUCGAUGGUAACUCUUGCGUCCUCGGAGUUCCGGGUUGUCCAGACGGCACGAAGCUGAAAGGUAGCCACUGCAUCUCCAUCACUGGCCCCCUCUGCCGAGAUGGUGAGACAUUCAAUGGACUUGUCUGCAUCACGAGCACUCCACCAUCUUGCCCUUCCCCAUCAAUUCUGAAAGACAAGGCUUGCGUCUUGGAAACGCCGCCGAAAUGUCCCUCUGGCACACAACUGGUCGACAAAGUCUGCAUUUCGACCAAGACUCCCAUCUGCGGCAACGGCGAUCGGUUUAACGGCAAGGGCUGCGUCAGUUCCAGUCCACCGGUGUGCCCUGAGGGCACGACUCUUUCCGACGGAGUGUGCAUCAGUGUUGUACCGCCCAGCUGUCCUGCUGGCAGCGAGUACGACGAAGUCAACAAUGUUUGCAAUCAUCGCCAGACUCCCCAAUGUCCAGUUGGCACCUUCUCCAAAGGAGGCAACUGCAUCACUGAUGGUGGCCCCGAAUGCCCAGACGGAACAAGGUUCAGCGUCAAGAGAAACAACUGUAUCAUGAAGACACCGCCAUCAUGCCCCCCUGGCGAUACUCUAGAAGACACGAAAUGUGUGUCCCCGGACGAGCCUGCUUGUUCACCUGGGACUGAGAUGUCUGCCGACAAGGCUUCAGGCACCUCACGAUGUCCCCCAGAAGGCUGCCCGGAAGGAACCACGCAAGUUGGCGAUCGUUGCAGAGCCAUCACAGUCGUUCCCCCUUCAUGUCCCCCAGGAACCAAGUUGGACUGCGAUCGAUGUAUCUCUAUAACACCGCCAGGAUGCCCUCCAGGCUCAGCUCGCGAUGGCACCACUUGCAUCUCCGUUGAGCCACCAAUCUGCCCAGAUGGCACAACACUGACCAACGGAAACUGUGUUUCCGUAGGCGAAGUCAUCUGUCCCACGGGCACUCACAUCCAGGGCGACGAGUGUAUCAGCAUCCAGCCACCCUCUUGCCCCUCCGGAACCAAGUUCAAUGGCAGGGACUGUGCCAUCAGUGGUCGACCGGAGUGCGAGGAUGGCAGCCACUUCGACGGCGAGGACUGCACCCGGGUGGGAGGCGACCCUCCAAGCUGUCCCGAGAACACCAUUUACGACGGCUCACGCUGUGUAUCGAGCACCCCGCCCGCAUGCCCCAAGGGAUCGUCCCUGAGCGACGGAGCAUGUGUCACCGGGCAAACCCCAGUGUGCCCUGACGACACGACGCUCGUCGGCGACGAGUGUAUCGGAGGCCCGCCCGCCUGCCCAAAGGCCUUGGUUCUUAAGGGCAACACCUGUAUCAGCAUAGACCCUCCAGACUGCCCGCCUGGCCAUCAGUGGCUCGGCGGCCGAUGCCAGAACAUCGAGGAGAAGGCCUGCCCCCCUGGAUACAUCCUGAGUGGGGAGGAGUGUAUCUCCGACGGUAUCCCAGAGUGUGAAUUGGGAACUCACUUCAAUGGAACCGUCUGCGUUGGUGACACUCCGAGCUGCGAGCCUGGAACCGAGUUCGACGGAGAGCGGUGUGCGUCUAUCGUGGAACCAAGCUGUCCUCCGGGCACUCAGUUCAACGGCAGGAUUUGUGAAUCUGAGCAGGACCCCGUUUGUCCUUCCAACACCACUUGGGAUGCUGCUUCCAAGGAGUGCGUGGGACAAACGUUGCCUCAGUGUCCUGAAGGCCAGAAAUUCAAUGGAGAGCAUUGCACUUUGUCAUCAGGUGACUGCAUGGAGUUUGAGUACUGCCCUCCGGGAAACAAUCGCGGAUUUCUUACACCUGAUUUUUUACACUCAACCUUGGGGCAUGGUUUAACUGGUGGAUAA